AUGGCUUCAACUCAAUUCGAGAUUGUUGAUCGUGUACUUCAUCCUAGACACAGAUGGAAUCAAAUCAAGUUUAGAGUGCUGAGUGUCUAUCGUCUUCCACAGACAAGAGAUUCUGAAACAAUCAACUCUAUAGAGUGUGUAGUCCAUGAUGUAGAGAUCAUGUCCUCUAUCGCCAAAAAGGAAUUUAAUGAGCUCGCACUUGACGGUAGCAACUAUUUGACUUGGGCUCUAGACAUCGAGAUUCAUCUCGCGUCUAAAGAACUGAGCCAAAUCAUUGUUGCCAAGUCACAGUGUAUUACCGCCCAGAAGUCCCUGAAGGACCGUUUUGACCAGCAGUCAUCGACUGUCCUCCCUCAAGCCCAAUUUGACUGGCUUCACCUGAGAUUUCAGGACUAUAAGUCAGUUAUUGACUACAACUCGGCCCUUCAUAAAAUAGUCUCGCAACUAAAGCUCUGCAAACAGGAAGUUUCAGAGACAGACUUGAUUGAAAAGACACUGUCUACUUUUCAUGCGAGUAACCUUGUACUCCAGCACCAGUACAGGGCAAAGAAUUAUGAAAAGUAUUCUGAUAUAAUAUCUGCAUUUCUUGUGGCCGAGAAGCACAACCAGUUGUUGAUGAAAAACCAUAAUGCACGACCUGUUGGGUCUGCCCCCGCACCCUAA